UACAGCCCCAAACCGACGAAACAUCCGGCCCCUCGGCUCACAGCUCUCCAGAAAGUUCCUCGCUGUGGAAGCGGCUAUAAGAACCAGCCAUCUGCUUUCACCGCCGGCAGCAACUCGACCGAAAGCCACCGUGCAAUUAAAACCCUGACAUUUUGCAACCAUGGUCCACGAAACGGGUUACUAUGAUCUCCUGGGUGUCAAUCCGACCGCCUCGCCGGAUGAAAUUAAAAAAGCCUACAGAAAACUCGCAUUAAAAUAUCACCCCGACAAGAACCCCAAUGAAGGAGAGAAGUUCAAGCAUAUAUCCCAGGCGUAUGAGGUGCUGUCAGAUCCACAGAAGAGAGUCUUGUAUGACCAAGGAGGAGAACAAGCAAUCAAAGAGGGAGGCAUGAGUGGAGGAUCUCCGACGGACAUUUUCAACAUGUUCUUUGGAGGCGGUGGAAGGAUGCAGAGAGAGAGGAAAGGGAAGAAUGUCCUCCACCAGCUGAGUGUUACACUGGAGGAGAUGUACAUGGGCACCACCAGGAAGCUUGGACUGCAGAAGAACACCAUUUGUGAAAAGUGUGAAGGUUAUGGUGGUAAGAAAGGUACCCUAGAGAAGUGCUCAACUUGCAAAGGUAAAGGAGUUCAUAUCAAGGUUCAACAGAUUGGACCAGGGAUGAUUCAGCAGACCCAAAGCAUGUGUCCAGAAUGCCAGGGACAGGGCGAGAAGUUUAAUUCAAAGGACCGCUGCAAAAACUGCAAUGGACACAAAGUAGAACGGAAGAAGAAAGUUCUUGAAGUUCACAUUGACAAAGGUAUGAGAGAUGGUCAGAAAGUUACAUUCCAUGGAGAAGGUGACCAGGAACCUGGACUGGAGCCUGGGGAUGUAAUCAUUGUGCUGGAUCAGAAGGAACAUCCCGUUUUCCAGAGACAAGAAGAUAAUUUAGUAAUGAAGAUGAAGAUCAAACUUGCAGAGGCUCUGUGUGGUUUCAAGAAGACUAUUCAAACAUUAGACAACAGAGAACUCCUCAUCAAUUCAUCACCAGGGGAAGUGAUCAAGCCUAAUCAAGUCAAAUGUGUCCAGAAUGAGGGCAUGCCACUUUACAAGGAUCCUUGUGAAAAAGGACAGCUUUUCAUUAAGUUUGAGGUGGAAUUCCCAGACAAAGAUUGGCUCCCAGAGCAUCUCAUGUACCAGCUGGAAAGACUGCUCCCUCCCAGGGACGAUGUGAUGUUCACCGAUGACGUGGAGGAGGUGGAUCUAUGCGAGGUGGAUGUGCAGUCACAAGAGAAAAAGUGCAGUAGGGAAGCUUAUGAGGAAGACGAGGAGAAUCCUAGAGGCGGAGUACAAUGUCAGACGCAGUGAUCAGUCCAUGAUGAUACUGUAGAGCAUGUUUCUGAUUUGGUUUAUGGUGAAGGACCUGCCUUAAAGUACAGUUUUUCACAUGUUAACUUUAAAACUGUUGCCAUUACCGUUUUCGGCUCACUCUGCUUGGACACAAAUAUGCAGGAGUUUGUCAUUUCUCAUAUUUCAUGUGUGCUUUCUUUCUGAAUUGUGUUUGUCUGAUACUGCAAACAGUUUCAAUUUUCAAUGUUUUUUACGUGUAUGUUUAGAAAGAAAUCUAUGGGACAAAUGUUGUCUUUUAAUUCAGGAAGGACUUCCUGUAUGCUUUCUGUGAAGGUGAUUUCAUAAAUGACAAACCUUAUUAUUUCUCAAUAAAAAUACCAGAAUGCUUUAA